CUUUACGUUGGUUCUUUGAGUUGUUUACCUACAGCGAUACUAUUAAUUUCUUUUGUGAAUUAGGCUUAAAAUUUAGAAAUCAGCUGUGAAUAAUUCGCUGUAGUAGGAUAAUGUCGGAAUACAGUACAGUCAAAAGCAGCAAGUUGGUGCUGAAAGGCGAAAGCUCCAAGAACUCUAAACGCAAACAUAAAAAGCACAAAAGGGAUAAGGAAGGUUCGUCAUCUAAACGGAGCAGAUCGGAAGUGGACGAGGAUGCUCAGAAACACGGCGGAUGGUGGAAGGUGACCAAAGUAACCGAGAUAACUGGUUCAAUUGCAAUUCAGUUCGGAAAAAGGGCUUUUAUCAAGGCCCUCGACAAUGGUAUGUUCACACUUGGGGCACCACACAACGAAGGGGAUGGACCAGACCCGGAAGAAAUUUUCACUGCUGUGCUUAUCAAUGAGGAGAAGGUAGCUUUCAAGUCGGGCUACGGAAAGUAUUUGAAAGCAGAAAAAGAUGGUAUGAUCACUGGACGGUCCGAUGCGGUUUCAGCAGUGGAACAAUUCGAACCAGUUUUCGAAGGAUCCAAAAUGGCCUUACUGGCCGCAAAUGGAUGUUUUGUGUCAGUCGAUCCGGAGGAUGAUGCCGUCGUAGCGAUAAAAAAGAAAGUUGGUGACAAUGAGGUAUGCGUGGUGAGGAGUUGCGCCGUCCGAGAACAGAAAACUACCAAGGAUGUAGCUGUGGAAGAACAGGGCGAUCUGGACCAAGUGGAAAUUAAUUAUGUCAAAAAGUUCCAGAAGUUCCAGGAUAAGAGAUUGCGCGUUAAUACGGAGGACAAAGCAGCGUUGAAGCAAGCUCAGGUGGAGGGCGCUCUACAUGAAGCACUUCUCGAUCGUCGAAGCAAAAUGAAAGCCGAUAGAUAUUGCAAAUAAAAAAAAACAUCUGAAAUGAA